GGGAGGCGUCGUCCGGCUGCCGCUCUCCUCGGCGUCGCGUGGCUGCCCCUCUUCGCCUUCCAGGCGGCCGAGAAAAUCUUCUAUACUUCUUCCUGGGAUUCUGCAGUCUCAAAACUGAAUGAUGAAGCUGCUAUACGUUGCCCCUCUCCUCCUCCUUGCCUUUACAGCAUUGGAAGCCCGACCGAAACUCUUAGGGACGACAAAGUGUAAGACUGGCCCCCUGGACAUUGUCUUUGUGAUUGACAGCUCACGCAGCGUCCGCCCCUUUGAGUUCGAGACCAUGCGGCGCUUCAUGAUUGACAUCAUUCACAACCUGGAUAUAGGGCCCAAUGCCACCCGGGUAGGAGUGAUCCAGUAUUCCAGCCAGGUCCAGAACGUCUUCUCCCUCAAGUCCUUCUUCACCCGGGCAGACAUGGAGAAGGCCAUCAACGCCUUUGUCCCCUUGGCUCAAGGCACCAUGACAGGGCUGGCAAUCCAGUAUGCCAUGAACGUGGCCUUUACCACCCAGGAGGGGGCGCGGCCGCUGCACAAGAAGAUCCCUCGUGUGGCAGUGAUCGUCACUGAUGGGCGGCCCCAGGACCGCGUGACAGACGUGGCAGCUCAGGCACGAGCGGCCGGCAUUGAAAUCUAUGCCGUGGGCGUGCAGCGGGCAGACAUGAACUCCCUCCGGGCCAUGGCUUCUCCCCCACUGGAGGAGCAUGUGUUCUUGGUGGAGUCCUUUGACCUCAUCCAACAGUUCGGCAAGCAAUUCCAGGACAAGCUGUGUGGUGUUGAUAUGUGCACAGAACUGGAUCACGGCUGCCAGCACACUUGUGUCAGUGUCCCAGGCUCCUUCUAUUGUCAGUGUAACCCAGGAUACAAGCUCAAUGCUGAUGGAAAGACGUGCUCCAUCAUCGAUGCCUGUGCUGAUGGGAGACACGGUUGUGAGCAUCAAUGUGUCAGCUCUCUCGGCUCUUACACUUGCCGCUGCCGGACAGGCUACCAGCUCAACCAGGACAAGAAGACAUGUAGCAUGAUCAAUUUCUGCAACUUCGGCAACCACAGCUGCCAGCAUGAUUGUGUGAAUAUCCUCAAUGGGUACUAUUGUCGCUGCCGUGAUGGUUACACCCUGCAGGCUGAUGGCAAGACAUGCCAGGCCAGCGACCUCUGCAAUAGCGUAGAGCAUGGAUGUGAAUUUAAGUGCGUCAGCACUGCAGGCUCUUACCACUGUCUUUGCCCAGAGGGUCAGCAGCUCCAGGCAGACAAGAAGACAUGCAACAAGUGCAAAGCUGGGCACAUCGACUUGGUGCUGGUUAUCGAUGGCUCCAAGAGCGUCCGGCCCCAGAACUUCGAGCUGGUGAAGCAGUUUGUGAACCAGAUUGUGGACUUCCUCGAUGUGUCCCCUCACGGCACGCGCGUGGGGCUGGUCCAGUACUCGAGCCGUGUGCGCACUGAGUUCCCUCUCAACAAGCACACAACGGUGGCUGACGUCAAGAAAGCGGUGCAGAGGGUGCAGUACAUGGAGAAGGGGACCAUGACAGGCCUGGCUCUCAAGCACAUGCUGGAGCACAGCUUCUCGGAGGCCGAAGGGGCCCGGCCCCUUUCCCAGAAUGUGCCCAGAGUGGGCCUGGUCUUCACAGAUGGCCGCUCUCAAGAUGACAUCUCUGAGUGGGCGAGAAGAGCAAAGGAGUCAGGAAUUACCAUGUUUGCGGUCGGAGUCGGCAAAGCUGUUGAAGAGGAACUGAGAGCAAUUGCUUCUGAGCCAGUAGAUCAGCACUUCUCGUACUCCGCAGAUUUCAACACCAUGACGAACAUUGUCGACAACCUCAAAGUCAACAUCUGUCCUGAGGAAGGCAAGGGAGAAACUGAAUUCCGCAACCCGUGUGAAUGUGAAGCCCUGGUACAGUUCCAGACAAACAGUCUUGCAAUCCUGGAAGACCUCACUGAUAAAAUUGCUCAGAUGACUGCCAGAAUUGACCAGCUGGAAAACCAGGUUGGCAGAAAAUGAUCGGGGCUGAGAGACACCUCACCUUAUGGGUGCAGACACAUCCUGUUAACUCAUCAUUGGCGUUCCUGUUGUAAAUGGUUGUUGGUUUUCAUAUAACACAAGCCUGAGGGGAAGCUGAAACUGCUCCCUACUUGCCUAGAUAAAAAAAAAACCUUUAAAAAACAAAGAAACCCUAUGUUGAAAUACUUUCCUUCCCUUGGCUUGAAAUGGAUGGUUGGGCUGAGCCAUUUGUCGAAACUGGUUGAGCCCCAACAGGUGGAUGGUUCAGAGAAGACGCAGGAAGUGAGGCAGACAUUAUUUUCAAGAGUGACUGGGGUUAGUUGGCAGCCAAUGAAGUCUUUCCUGGGGCUUUGCGGAGCACUCAAGAGCUCGGACAUCAACAUGCCUGGUCAAAAAAAAGAAAAGAAAUCCUCUUCCUUGCUAAAUUUCAUUUUUAUUUUUUUUAAGUAAGGUUUGCUUAUGGAGGGAGAGACAUCGGCAGCUUUUCACGUUUUCAAGCUGAAGACCAUGCUGUUUUCUCCCUUGUUAUUCUCUACUGUGAAAAGCAGCGCCAGCAGCUCCUUUGUCUAUAGCUUUCUGCUUCAGUUGCACACAAAUACCUGCUUUUCAAAAAAAGGAAAUAUUAUUUUAAAAUAUGUAAGUUAGAAUGAGAUGCUCCAGAAAACCCCCACCAAACUGGAGCAUCUCUGAUUGGAAUACUCUGUUCCCACCCCCCAACUUGACUUUGACAGUAUUGAUGGAGAAUUUGUUGUUUUCCCUCCUCUUUAAAAAAAAAGAAAGUUUUUUUAAAAAAAAGUUAAAUAUAUAAAUAUGUGUGUUUGUGUGUAUAUAUAUAUACA